CUCUGUGUUUCUGUCUCAAGUGUCGUUUGCAGCAUCUGGAGCAGCAGCUGGGUGUGUUUUGGAGGAAGAAGAAAGCACCAGCGCAUAGAGCUCAGUUCAGCUAAGGAAAUGAGUGAAGACACGGUUAACGGUGUCUGUAAGUUGUUGGAGGACGAUGAUAUGAUCCAUCUUGGGAAUAUCACAAUAUCAUCCUUGUCACGUCAUGUGAGAGACUUGUGGGAGAGCCCAAGGGAAUCAGUGAUCCGCAUUGAGGUGCUGGUAUCACUGGCUGUUGUUGUCUUUUUGUUCCUAGCCACCUUUGGAUCCCAUCGCCGUCGACGAAGAAACUGGUUUAUCCAAAAAGGUGUAUUUGCUGCAUAUGUCUUGUCAUCUUCAGUGGUAAAUUACACUCUCGGUUCAAUGCAAUCUUCUGCGGUGAAGAGCAGCUUGUACUCCAUUUGGGCCAUUUCUCUCCUCAUUCUUCAUGGCAGUACUGAUUCUAUCACAGCUUAUAGUCUUGAUGAUAACACUCAAUGCAUGAGGUUAGUCUACCAGAGCAUUAUCUACUCAUCAUACGUGGGCAUGUUGGUCUCGACCUUACCCAUACUGCCAAGUGAUGAUUCAGGCAUAGUGGGCUACAUAUUCUGUAUCGCUAGCUUCAAAUUUGCACACAAGAUAACAUCAUAUCAGCUGGCAAGCAUAUCUUGGAACAUGAAUAAACUGGUUGCUGAUUACAUGUAUGACGAGCACAAGAAAGGUGAAUUUGAUCCAUCCACCAUGGAGGGUUGUCAUUACCUGGUUGACUGGCCCCUCAACAAAUCCAAGUUGGAUGCCCGGUCAUAUGCAACAAAGUUAACUGCCGAUGCCGAUGAAAUCAUUGACAUAGACAAGAUAUGGCGGUGCAAUGUCAUUUCACUAAGCCCAGAGCUGAAGGACACAUGCCUUUCCUUCUCCCUUUUUCAUCUGCUGAAAAGGCGUUUCUUUGGGUUUUCCUGUGGCGAAUCCAAAGAAAGAGCACAUGAUUUUGUCUUCAGGGGUCUGCUAUCAGAGAAUGAGGAUGGUACCACAGACUACAACAGAGUUUUCAAGGUGAUUGAGGUUGAGUUGGCCUUCAUGUAUGAUUUCUUCUUCACCAAGUAUGCUGCCUAUUUUUAUGGAUCAAGUGUUGCAACAGCUUGGUCGUUGAUGAGUUUUGCUGCCUGCAUAUCUCUUGCAGCAUAUGCGAUAGACAACUGUAUGGUGAAGGAUUUAUAUUGUCAGGAUAAGUGUGUAUUCGUGAGCACCACCACAACAGAUCUUGUGAUCACUGUGCUAAUACUUGCAUGCACUGCUUUGCUUGAAUUGCUACAACUGUUACUUUACUGGACGUCCAUUUGGGCUAGAGUGUCCUUUGUUUGUCAGCAUCUCAGAGGAAGCUGUUUCAUGAUGAGAUUAAAGGAGCAUCUUUCCACGAUUGGUAUAUACUGUACCUCAAACAGACAUUAUUGGCAACACAGUCUUGGGCAGUACUCGUUACUUCAAUCAGUCAGCUAUAACCAUUACUGGAUAAUUUAUUUCAAGUCCAUUGAAUUUUCGAUUUCAACAUACAGAUACUUGGGUCUUGUUGACAUAACAACAGUCAUACAUCCAUUAAACUAUGACCCAUGGAGGGUCAGCAGGAAACCUGGGAAGUCUGUGGAGUUGCCAGCUGAAGUAAAGGAGGCACUUGUCUCCUCCCUUAAGCGUUCUGAUGGGAAGAUAGCGAACGGGAAAUCAUCUUUAGUGGCAAAUGGAGCAGAGAACCUCUUAUGGGCUUGUGAGCGGAGCAUGCACUCAGACACAAGCUGUUCCCAGAGAAAGGAGAACCAGACACACCUAAUUUUGACUUGGCACAUCGCAACAUGUUACUGUGAGAUGGCAACACUGAAAUAUCUGUGCCCAAAUGAGGGAACAAAACUCAAGAUCCAUCUUAACGUUGCCACAAGACUGUCCAAAUACUGUGCAUACUUGGUGGUAUCUGCACCAAAGCUUCUUCCUGGGCACCACCAUGACACAGAGUGUGUUUUCGAUGCAGUUGCAGGCGAAGCAGCGAAAUUCCUGCAAAGUUCGAGGGACAAGUACAAAGCGAUGAGGAAUCUAGCAGAUUCAGAGGAUACCAUCUUCCAGAGGGGCGUCAAGCUGGGGAAGCAGCUGGAGGAGAUACAGGAUAUUACACAGUGUUGGAAGGUGCUGUAUGAUUUUUGGGCUGACAUGAUGCUCUACGUCGUGCCAUCAGAUAAUGUCAAAGAGCACAUUGAGCAGCUCGCAAAAGGUGGUGAGUUCAUCACCCACCUGUGGGCUUUGCUCUCUCAUGCAGGCAUCCUGGAGAGGCAGGAGAAUCAGCAAGCUGGAAGCGUGUAAUAGUGCACCACCCUUUGUUCUUAACUAGUGGUUGGGCGCCCCAUGGGGCGUGUAAAAUAGCGUGUUAUGUUAGCGCGUUGUGUUGUAUAAGUCACGGUUAAGGACUCUCCUAAUUAAUCUCCGUUGUAUAGGUUGGAGAUGUUACGAGAGACCAAACCGAUCUAAUCUCUCUAUAAUAUUGUCGGUGCCUUGUCACGUA